UAUUUCUUAGUUGAACAAUAUUCCCAGAAAUACAACGCGAACAGCAAUACGCAGCGACCCUGUACGCUUCUUCUUGUUGUUGUUCCAGACGCAAACCCAGAAAAAUCGACCCGUCAAUCAAUAGCAGCUCCAAACGGCGACACUCGUACAGCCAGCAGCCAAACCCGAUCUCGUCGCUGUCCCCUUUUUCCCCUUUUCAUAGAUUUCCCCUCUCUUUUUCCCCCUUUUGGCGGAGUCUCAGAGGAACAACAGCUCCCCAUUCCUUGUUACUGUUGCCUCGAGAAGGAACUAAUAGAUUGAAAAAUCCAACGGAUUUUACCGCUAAAUCAAUGAGGUUUUUGAGUUUGGUUAUGAGGCAAUAGUAGUUUUACACUUGAAAAUUUUCAAACGAUUCACUAAUCCUUGGUUCCGAGGAAAUCUCUGUUCGUAGCUAGUUUUGAACUUCUUGAUCUGCUGUUCCUGUUCGAAUUGCGUGGUAAAAGAAUUGCCUCUCACAAGGUCCAAAAGCAACCUAAGAUUUCUCUGCAACUAUUCGUCUAUGGCGGACUUGAGCAUUGCUUUUUUCUCUUUCCUCCUCCUUUUCUUCUCUCUAUCCCUCCUAUUUUUUCUCGCCUUCAUCGUCCGACCACGCCCCGUCAAAGUUCCAAUUAAAAAUCGCCAUGUAUUCAUCUCUGGUGGCUCAAGUGGUAUUGGGUUAGCUCUAGCUCAACAGGCUGCUUCAGAAGGUGCAAAAGUUUCAAUACUUGCUCGUAACACUGGUAGACUCGAAGAGGCGAAGGAGUCAAUUCGGCUUUCUACUGGCCGUGAUGUGGCCAUUUUCAGCGCUGAUGUGAGAGAUUACAAGGCUGUCAAGAAGGCUGUAGAAGAGGCAGGACCAAUCGAUGUGUUGGUGUGCAAUCAGGGAGUUUUUGUACCUCAGGAAUUGGAGACCCAAGAUAUUGAGGAAAUCAAGUUCAUGAUUGAUGUCAACUUGACUGGGACUUUUCAUUUGAUUAAAGCUGCUUUGCCUGGAAUGAAGAGCAGGUCUAACCGUGGACCUGGGUCCAUUGCUAUCAUGUCUUCACAAGCUGGCCAGGUUGGGAUAUAUGGUUAUACAGCUUAUUCGGCCAGUAAGUUCGGCCUCAGAGGACUGGCAGAAGCACUGCAGCAGGAAGUAAUUGGUGAAAAUAUUCACGUAUCACUAAUAUUCCCCCCGGACACUGAAACUCCUGGAUUUGCUGAAGAGAACAAGAGGAGGCCAAAGUUGACUAGUAUAUUAGCAGCUUCUUCUGGUUCCAUGAAAGCUGAUGAAGUUGCAAAAAAAGCUUUGAAUGGCCUUAAAUCAGGAAACUUCAUUGUCCCCUGCAACUUUGAGGGAUUCUUUCUUUCCCUAGCAACCUCUGGUCUAUCUCCUCAGAGAUCAUUCCUGAUGGCAUUUAUCGAAGUGAUAGCUGCUGGAAUUUUACGUGUUGUUGGUCUAUGUUUCCAGUGGAAUUGGUAUGGUAGUAUCGAGAAAUUCCUUGAAGAAAGGAAAUAGAGAAUAACUACUAAACAGAUUCUAACAAAUAAUUCUAUCAAGAAUUGAUAGUUUGAUCGAACAAACGCAUUUCAACCUGAUAGUUAUUACAGAAACCGAACUUUUUCAUAAUGUCUUUGUGUACCCCUAGGCUGUCCAAUUUUCAUCUACUUCUGUGCAAGUGAACUAAAGAAACAGUUUUGGUUCCUCUUUGAUUUUAUGCAUCCAAGUGUUUCAUUGAUACUUUGUCCACUAAUUGAGAAGUUUUUUUCUAUCUA